CAAGCAGGCAUUUCUGGAAUGGAGGAAACGAUGACGAUUUUGGGAAGCACAGCAAGCAAGAGUUUUAUGGAGAACUUUAUGGGAGCAGAAAUCUGGCAAGCAGUAACCUCAGAAAUGAAGGGAGUGAUGAGUCCUGGAAUGCAACAAGAAUGGAGGGAACAGUGGGAGUCCUAG